GUCCUUUCAAAGCCUUCACACUCUGCCAUGCACUUGCUGUUGAUUCGUCAUGGGCAGUCUGGGAACAACCUGCUCGAGGCGGAGCAUGGAGCAGGCGAUGCCUUCUACAACAAAAGGUCAGUGGACCCACCGCUGUCCAAGCUGGGCGAGUUGCAGGCUCGCCUCUUGGGGCUGCGCCUGGGUGCACAGCUCAGGAGGUCAAAGCCAAAGGUGAGAUUGCUUUGCAGCUCGAUGAUGCGCGCGCUUCAAACGGUGGCGCCGUUGGCCAGCGCUCUUCAGCUGCCGGUCACGGUCCAUCCAGACGUCCAUGAAGUUCGGGGCUUCUUCCAUGGCGUGGAGAAAGCACGAGGCAUGGGCCGGUCGCAGCUGGAGCGGCAGUUUCCAGGCUUUGAUGGGCGCCUUGUGCCCGAGGAGGGGCAAGGCUCCGAGACUUGCGCCGAGGCCACUGCCCGUGCGCGCCGCGUCAUCGCGAUGCUGCAGGGCUGGGCCUCUCAGGGCGACGAGGAGAUUGUGGUGAUGGUCUCGCACAACGACUUCCUUGACCUCUUAGGGCGACUUCUCCUGGUGCCGGGCGCGAGUGCCAGUGAUGCAGCAGAGGACUCCGAGGAAAUGUUCCGCGACAGCUACUGGCCAAUGAACAAUACCGGCGUGAGUCAUUUGAUCAUGGGUGUGAGGCCACCGGCUCAAGCCUAUCAAGUGGGCGUUUACUUGCUGUACUGGAAUCGCAGCGAUCACUUGGGCGAGGAGCAGCGGAGCGGCGUUCAUCUGAAGAAUGCAGGCUUCACUCAGUCCGCCGAGUGGGCCCGAGUUGGCAAAGGUGGAAGCGAGUUCGACCCAGGAUUCGAUGAGUCGCAGGUGGUGCACAUCCCGUGGCAGGGCUUUGCUCUUCCAGCUGGCGUGGUGGUCGCUCUCUGCGCGAUCGCGUCCAUGUACUUCAAGUCGAUGUGAACGGAAGAAGAAGAGCCCCGC